AUGCAAGAGCCUGUGCUACCAAGACGAUUGAUAUCUCAACCCUUCCAAAGCUCAUAUAAAUCGCAAGGCAAGGCACGGGAUGCACCAUUGAAGAGACAAUGCUUGCCUGUUGUCUAUCAGCGUCAAUACCGAACACAAGCUGGGGAGAGCAAGUCAGAUGUGUCCAAGGCGGGCAACGGGGCUGGUAGCUCCUCCCUAACGCCUCGCAUAAUCCACACGGUCAAGGAUCUGCGUGCAUGGCGAAGAGAAGCAUUGAUGAAUGGAAAAAAAGUCGGGUUUGUACCAACCAUGGGCGCUCUCCAUGCCGGACACCUCAACCUCGUACAAGCAUCGCUGGAGAAUAACGACUGCACGGUCGUUUCGAUCUUUGUCAACCCCGCGCAAUUUGCGCCGCAUGAGGAUCUUUCUUCGUAUCCUCGUACCCUGCCUUCAGACACCGCCGCACUGUCUCAACUGUCAUCUGGCGAAGAUAGACGUGUAGACAUCAUUUUUGCUCCGUCUGUCUCGGAAAUGUAUCCUUCAGGACUCACGCAAGUCGUACAAGAUCAGGUCGGCGCAUUUGUAGAGGUCAAAGGGCUCAGUCAUCAGAUGGAGGGUGGAAGUCGGCCGACGUUCUUCAGAGGCGUGGUGACGGUCUGCACCAAGCUGUUCCAUGCCGUCCAGCCGGACGCCACGUAUUUUGGACAGAAAGACAUUCAGCAAUCUGUGAUCCUGCGCAGGCUCCUUUCGGACCUCCUCUUCCCGUUCCCGGAGCCACAAAACAUGCAUGUUCUUCCGACUACGCGCGAUCCUAUAACGGGCCUGGCGCUCAGCAGCCGGAACGCGUACCUCUCGCCAAAGACGCGAGAAAAGUAUGCACCGGCGCUGUACAGGGCGCUGAUGGCUGGCCAGCUGGCGUGGGAACAGGUGCAAGAGCCAGAGGAAGGGAAGAGCUCAUCGGGCGAAGGCGCGAUGAGGAUCAGGCGAACUCUACAAGCCGCACGCAAAGUCAUAGCGGGAGAAGCGGCGCUCGCGCAAAAAGACGGUGUGCGCUUGCAGCUCGACUACAUCUCGCUUAAUGAUCCAAGUACACUUGCAAAUCUGGAGCAGCAGGCUGCGAGUGUUGGAAGCAGCGAUUUUAAAGUCGACAAGGCGAUCAUGAGCGGUGCGCUACUUGCGAGCGAAAUUGAGCCCGAUGGAAAGAAGAGCAGGGUGACACGAUUGAUCGAUAAUGUACUGCUCGGGUUUUCAAUGUGA